AUGCCUGUUACAACUCUCCGAGAGCAUCAGAUGCAGGAAAGACAACUGCGAAAUACUUUGCUAAUGGUGAAACAGUUUGCUACCAACUAUUCCAAGGAACGAGAUGAAGCUCAGAUUGAGGUUCGGUUGGCUAUGGUAGAAGAUACGCUGACCAAGUUCUACGCUGUGAGACGAAAAAUUGAAGCACUAACGGACAGUGCGGACUUGAGGGAACCGAGCGUUGGAGAGAUAGAAGCACGACUUGAAGCCCACCUCAACACUAAUACAACUAUAGUAUGGGAAUUCGAAAAUUUAUACUGCGAAGCAAAGGCCAUGUUACUGAGCCUAAAACCGAAGCAGCAAACAGUGAAUCCUCCUGUAUCAGAUACGGCAGUAUGCCCUAGUGUUCCCAUAUCGAGAGUAAAAUUACCCGACAUAAAACUACCCACAUUCAGUGGGAACCUAAUGCAGUGGAUAUCGUUUCGAGACAGCUUCCGAUCGUUAAUUGACAACAACCAUACUCUCUCCGCAAUUGACAAGUUUACCUAUUUACGCGCUUCUGUUACCGGAGAAGCGCAGCAAGAGAUUCAAUCCAUUGAACUUUCUGAAGCAAACUACGAUGUUGCUUGGCAUGCGUUAGAAAACCGAUAUGAAAACAAGAAACUGAUUCUUAAAAGUCAUUUGGAUGCCUUGUUCUCGGCGGAGUCAGUGCGAAAGGAGAGUUUCGAAGCUUUGAACCAAUUGCUGAGCACAUUUGAUAAAAAUUUACAAAUGAUUGAAAAAUUGGGAAUCCAGACGAACAACUGGUCAAUUCUUAUAGCGUACAUUUUGACCUCAAAGUUAGACUCGGUAACGCUUCGGAAUUGGGAGACGCAGUCCAACUCAAAGGAAUUUGUGAAGUACGAGGCUAUGACAGAGUUCCUGCGAAGACAAUGCUCGGUGCUCCAGUCUAUCGCACCUGCGAAAUCCCAACAUGUAGAACGUCAUCAAUACAAGCAUGUGGCCGUCCAUUCAGUGUCAGUGGAACCAAACAGUUGCUGCUUUUGUAACGGAUCCCCACACAACAUAUUUCAGUGUCCAGCCAUUCGUAAGAUGAAUUCUGCUGAUAAGAUUGCUACGGUAAAACGAAAUCUACUCUGUUUUAAUUGUUUGUCGCCUGGUCACGUAGUAAGCAAAUGUUCAAGAGGUUUCUGUACAAUCUGUAAACGUAAACACCACACACUAUUGCAUGACUGCUUUGCUAAUGCUUUCCGUGGAAACACUGCCACUACCCGCGUUUCGCAAAUGCCGCCGCGACCUCAUCAAGCGAGCACACGAACACAGCCACCACAAUCAAAGCCACAAAACCAAUCACAGCCACUACAAUCCACACAACAUUCUACACGUACACUUGCUUCGAGCAGCAACUCGCAGCAAACAUGCCCAAGAACUACCACAGAAAACACUGCCACAUGUGAUCAAGCCGUUUCGAUGGCUACAAAUUCUAUGAGCUCUUCUCGAGAUGUUUUAUUAUCUACCGCGAUUGUGAAAAUUCGUGACCAUUACGGCAAUACAUUUCUGGUAAGAGCCCUGCUUGACAGUGCUUCCCAGCGAAACCUGAUGACCAGGCAGAUCGCACAGAAGUUGAAAUGUCCGUCAAUAUCAGAAUAUCUGAAGGUAAAAGGAGUCGGAUCGUCUGAGACUACGUCAACAAGUGCAGUAGUAGCGACAAUCCUGGCUCGUUCGUCAUUGAUUUCGGAAUACGUACAACCGAUGAAGUUCCACGUGCUAAACAAAGUCACGUCAAAAAUUCCGUUAAGUCCAAUGAAUCAACUUGAGGUUCCGAGCGAAAUCAUACUGGCUGACCCACACUUUAAUGUACCUGGAGGGGUGGAUUUAAUAAUCGGCGCAGAAUAUUUUUAUGACCUGCUAUGUGAAGGAAGGCGAAAGUUAGGGGAGAGUGGUCCGACCUUGCAAAACACUACAUUCGGAUGGAUCGUGUCUGGAGUGGCUGACGGAGAAUCAGCGAUUGUACCACGAGUAGUGCUAGUUACCGAGAUAGAUCCGCAGAUUAACAUUCAAGAACUGUUGGCCAGAUUUUGGGAGCUGGAGUCUUGUCAUGUAAAAAGUACUAUGUCAAUCGAGGAGACCGAAUGCGAGAAGCAUUUUAAUGAUACGACAAUCCGUGACAAAGAGGGUAGAUUCAUCGUUACUCUGCCAAAAAAGGAAUCGCUCAUGCACAAGCUGGGCGAAUCUCGAGCGACUGCUUUAAAGCGCUUUCUAGGUGUUGAGAGACGUUUGAAUGCAAAUGAUAGUCUCAGGCAGCAGUAUAUGGAAUUCAUUCAUGAAUACAGGUCAAUGGGACAUAUGGUAGAAAUCAGAGAGCUCGACGUGUCGCAAACUUAUUAUAUGCCUCAUCAUGCUGUGAUUAAGCCAGACAGCACUACAACAAAACUUCGUGUUGUAUUCGACGCUUCGUGUGCAACCUCUACUGGAAUUUCUCUCAAUAAUGCGUUGAUGGUAGGGCCUGUCGUGCAGGAAGAUCUGCUCAGUAUCAUUCUUCGUUUUCGCUGCCAUAUGAUUGCCGUCGUAGCGGAUGUCGCAAAAAUGUAUCGGAUGGUAAAGGUACAAGCAUCCGAUCAAGAUCUGCAAAGGAUUCUAUGGAGAGAUAGCCCUACUGACCCAAUCAAAUGUUAUAAACUUACCACAGUGACCUACGGAACAGCAUCUGCCCCGUAUUUGGCGACAAAAUGUUUGCAAACACUGGCCGAACAAGGAACAGAGUCUCAUCCCAUCGGAGCAAAGGCAGUUGAAAGGGACUUUUAUGUCGAUGAUUUGCUAUCUGGGGCAGACACCAUCGAUCAAGUGUGUGAGUUGGUGUCGCAAACAAGUCAUCUCCUCGAGUCAGCUGGUUUUGUGCUGCGAAAGUGGCGGAGUAAUAAAGGAGAGGCCCUAAUAAACGUCCCAAGCCACCUGCGCGAUGAUGAUAGUGCAAAGGAGUUGGAUUCGUCGAGUGCGGCAGUAAAAACCCUUGGCUUAUUGUGGGAUUCCAUCAGCGAUGAGUUUCGAUUCAAUGUCCCGAAGUGGAAUAGCAGUGCCGUCAUUACGAAAAGAGUCGUGUUAUCAGAUGCUGCUCGAAUCUUUGACCCGCUAGGCUUAGUGAGUCCUGUUACUAUAUUAGCAAAAAUAUUCCUGCAAGAAUUGUGGAAAGGAUCACUUGAUUGGGAUAUACCUCUGCCUGAAGAACUCGAGCAAUAUUGGGUAGAAUUCCGAAGAAAUAUGUUGAGUCUUGAAUCCAUCACUGUGCCACGCUGGAUUGGUAUCUGUUCAACGUGUGUGCAACUCGAGCUGCACGGGUUCUGCGAUGCUUCCGAAAAGGCUUACGGAGCCUGUAUCUAUCUGAGAAGUGUGUGGGAUGAUGGUGCAAUAACCGUUCGUCUUCUUACAACGAAAUCUAAGGUUGCGCCGUUGGAAGAUUUAAAGCGAAAGAAGAAAAAACUAUCGAUUCCUCGACUUGAAUUAUCUGCGGCAGUGUUGUUGAGUCAUUUGUACGAAAAGGUCAAACGUAGCACGUUGUUUGACUCAAAUGCAAUCUUCUGGACCGACUCUAUGAUUGUUAAAUGUUGGCUAUCGUCGUCUCCGUCCCGCUGGCAACCGUUUGUGGCUCAUAGGGUCUCUGAAAUACAACAUGUAACCAGAGGUAGUAUUUGGAAUCACGUGGCCGGAAUAGAAAAUCCCGCGGAUCUCGUAUCCCGCGGCAUGCUACCAGCACAGCUAAGUUAUUCGAACUUAUGGUGGCAUGGACCAUUGUGGUUGCGACAAGAACGAAACACGUGGCCGCAUGCCAGCCUAGAAACACAAGAGGACAAACUUGUGGCUUGUGAAGAGGAAAAGGCGUCAAUAGUAUGUGCAAUGCAGGCGGUGUCCCAUAGCGAAAUUUUCUCACUGCGUUCAUCAUUGCUGUCGCUGGUACGUUUAGUAGCUGUCAUACGAAGAUUCACCAAUAAUGCAAAAAGGGCGAACCGUGGAAACAGAAAGAUUGGGUUUAUAACAUACGCAGAAUCGGAGGAAGCAUUGAUGGUGUUGGUUAGACUGUCACAGCGCGAAUGCUUUGCUACAGAGCUUGCAGCACUGUCCAAGGGAGAUCAGGUUGCUCGAUCAUCCAGACUUAUAGGAAAAAAUCCUCAACUCGUAGAAGGUGUAAUACAGCUCGGCGGCCGGUUGAGUAAUGCUGCAAUACCAAUCGGCAGAAAACAUCCCAUCAUCUUGGACGAUCGGCACCCACUUACUGCAUUGAUUGUACGUCAUUACCAUCACAAGUACUACCAUGCAGGUCAACAACUUCUGAUAUCGUGUGUACGAGAGCGUUUUUGGCCAUUGAACAUUCGGCGAAUAGCCCGACAGAUAAUCCACCAAUGCAUACCGUGCUUCCGGAGCAAGCCUAAGGUACAAGAUCAGUUAAUGGCUGACCUACCUGAAGAAAGAGUGAAUCCUGCCCCACCCUUCUUGAAAGUUGGUUUAGAUUACUGCGGUCCAUUUUAUAUGUCAUAUCCGGGUCGCAAGGUUCGUCCGGUGAAGUGUUUUGUAGCAGUUUUCGUAUGUUUGGUGACAAAAGCGGUACAUCUAGAAGCAGUGGCUGAUCUUACGACCCAAGCCUUUCUGGCCGCUCUAAGGCGAUUUGUGGCUCGCAGAUCGAAACCUAUUCUGAUAAUGUGCGAUAAUGCGAAGACAUUUGUUGGUGCUAGAAGAGAACUUGAUGAAUUGGCAAAACUGUUUGGGGAACAACAUUUUCAAGAAGCCGUGACCAAAGGAGCAAACAACGAAAGUAUCGAAUUUAAAUUCAUUCCCGCUCGAUCUCCCAACUUCGGUGGCCUGUGGGAGGCCGCGGUGAAAUCCUUUAAAACGCAUUUCAAGAAAACAAUCGGCAUUCGAAGUCUGACGUAUGAUGAAUUUGUAACCGUACUCGUACAAAUUGAGGCCUGCUUAAAUUCACGACCCUUGACACCGCUGAGCAGUGACCCAAACGAUCUCGCUGUAUUGACACCAGGCCACUUUCUUGUCCAGCGACCGAUCACAAGCAUAGCCGAACCAACAUUGGAUGAGAUACCAGAGAACAGACUAUCAAUGUGGCAAAAAACUCAGAACUUUGUACAAAUGAUCUGGAAGAAAUGGUCGACGCAGUACCUUUCGGAUCUACACAACCGCACGAAGUGGACCAGGCAAAGAGACAACUUACGCAUCGGCACAAUGGUACUGCUGAAGGAGGAAAACCUCCCCCCUUUACGUUGGUUGCUUGGAAGAGUGAUUCAAGUACACACCGGAAACGACGGCAACGUCCGGGUGGCCGUUGUCAAAACGAAAGACGGAAUCUACGAAAGAGGAAUCUCGAAGAUUUGCGUUCUACCAAUACGAGAUAAUCAACCAUCCAUUGAAGAGGAGUCUUAG